AUGAACAACCUCCGGAACCAACAUCCUCAAGCCCUUCUCAGUAAAAGGGGCCGCCUUACCCAUCAUGCGAGAGGCGCGCUGCCGAUCAUGCGGGUGAUACCUCCCGCCCAACCUCCGAAGGUUACUCAACCCACGGAAAACCAACAUCAACCACACUACGACCACCAGCCGUCAGCGAUGUCCUUUUCCACCCUUCCGAUUCUACGUAGUAUAUUUCUCCGGUACGCUGGCUGGCCCUCGCUAAGCAACACACCUGUGACCUUGAUACUUCAUCCUAUCGAUCCUUCUAUAAGACGAUCAUCAUAUCAAAGCACCCUUCAAAUGCCUCCUCACCCUCUCAGCUGA